AUGGAUCAUUGCGGUUGGAACCCCCAAAUUCCGGGUUUUGCUAAUGGGAUGGAAGCAAAGGCGGAAGGUUUUAGAACAAUCAUGCUAGCGGUUAUGGUUGAUGAACAAAUGACAUUUGUGCUUGUGGAGGUGUUGUACGUGCCAAGUGCGGAAUGUAACUUGUUCUUGCCAGGUCUGGCUUUGGAUCAAGGAAUCAAAUUACCCUGGGACCUCAACACAAGAAUGUUCGGGAUGACAAAAGAUAAUAUAGAGGUCAUUCACACGACGUAUGAAACGUCACCUAUGAACGUUUACUGCUCACAAUAUUGGGUGCAAUAUCUCAAAGAACACCAAGAUAACUACAAAACAGCAAGUAUUUGCAAAUUUUGCAAUUACAAACGGUGUCGAGGACAUCGACGUGUGGCAUGA